UAGCAAAUAUCAUGCAUAGAAAAUUCGUAACGCGGAACUCUGGUAUUGUUCUUAAAUCAAUUAAAUGGUGGGCUUUAUUUCAUACGGAACAUGCGCACCACUCCUUUAAUUUUAAUGAAUUGACGAUACAUCCACAUGGCGGCUGUUGUUCUCGCAUGAUACUAUAAUUAUUUCCACCAUCGAUUGCGGUAUUUCAUUUGGUUCAUUGGUUAUAAAAAAAAUAAUGAUUUUCUGGCUUGGCUUUUAUUGACAUUCCUAGUUUUAUUAUAAAAACAGUUGGGGCCGCAUGAAAGCUACAGUCGAUGUUCUGGCGAUACAGCGGAUAGUUCAACAAUUAAACAAACCUCUGGUUUUAACCUUCGCGCAGGUUUUGUUCAUUUCGUAGUCUUACAAAAAACACAGGAAUGUGCCUGUGUCACGGGGCUUAAAAUGGGCAGACUGGUUUGCUGUUUGUUUGUUAUCGUCGGCUCUCUCUUUAUGUCAGGCGUGAAGUCUUUCACUUCGCUAAACAACAGUGCCACUGGAUACACCUUUGUAGUGUUCGAAGAUAGUCUGUACGACACAGACUCCUGGUUUGAUGCUAGGAAACUAUGCCGCACGGACGUGUCCCCGUUCGCCGACCUGGCAGAAAUAACGGACGAAAGUGACGUCACGACGGUGGAAAAUCUUCUCUCGUCUUCGGGCGCCUCGAACCCAGCCUAUUGGCUCGGAAUCCACAACUUGGAGGUAUAUCCAUCGGCACGCUUCACCGCGUCCCUUCAAACAGGGCAGCCCUUAACGUUUGACAAGUGGGAUACUGGUAGACCCAAGUCUGACGGCGUCAGAUGUGGUACCGUGAAAAAAGACAACAACAAUUGGAGAGACGAGAGGUGCCACCUGGGAUCCCAGUUAUAUGGUGUUCUCUGCCGUCUCCCAAUGCAACCUUCCCCUAUUGACUCAAACACAGGUUGUCCACCAACAAUGGUACCAUUCGAAGGGAAGUGCUACGAUUUUCACAUUCUAUCGAAUGCUUGGGUCAACUUUACCACGGCGAGAUCAACCUGUGAAGGGUUACCAGGGGGCAGGAUGGUAGUACCAACGAGCACCAUGCAGGAAUUUGUGGCGCGCUACGCCAUUCUGUCAGGCGUGCUUAACUUCUGGCUUGGGGUUACAGACCAGGAAGUUGACAGGGAAUUUAAGGGUGUUUACGGGGAGGCCCUCGACAACCCGAAAUGGGACACAACAGAUUGGGACUAUGGCGGACAGGACGGCGAGGUAGAUUGCGUAUUUUUCGAUACCAGUGAUGGAUACUGGCUCACCAACGAUUGUAACGCAGAUCUCCAUGGAAUUUUGUGUGUCGUGGAUCCGCUUGUCUAUGCAGCAAGUACUCCUGGGCAGUUUUCUCCCUCGGCGGUCUCCUCGGCGGCCUCAGCAACUGUAACCCCAAGCGUGGGCUGUAAGGAAAUCCGUAGAUUGUUAAUAAAUCAAGAACCGUCCUUCUGUCCGUUAAUAUGUUGGGCUGUCUGUCUGUCUGCUUGUCUUUCUGUUCAUGUAGCAACAACACGGUGAUCGAUGAUUUGUGAAAUUCCUCUUUUGCAUGCGCCGCUUUUGCGUUUUUUAGGGAUUUUUUUAAGUUUUUAGUUCUGAGUGGUUCGGCAAGAUCUGGAUCAUCUUGUGAUUAUUCAUACAGGGAAGUUACAUCUUGAAGACGAUUGGUAUGAAGGUAAGAUGUUAGGGUGAAUAAGGCCAGUGUCAAACGCAAUUGUGUCCGCCAUGCAAUACUGUCCGCUCCGGACACUU